AUGAGUUGGCAACGCACUACUUAAAAUUGCAACUCUGCAACACACGCCAAAAAUAUUUUUUGCGGCUUGAUUCUUUCUUCUCGAGAUUAUACGUUUAGUUUUUUUUCUGAAGAAACGCUAAAAUAUGUCGAAAGCACAUCCCCCAGAACUUAAAAAGUACAUGGACAAACGCAUGUUGCUUAAGCUGAACGGUGGCCGUUCCGUAGCUGGAAUACUGCGUGGAUUUGAUCCUUUCAUGAAUGUGGUGCUCGACGAGACAGUGGAGGAGUGCAAAGACAGUACCCGCAACAACAUUGGUAUGGUUGUUAUUCGUGGCAACAGCAUUGUUAUGGUCGAGGCCCUGGACCGGGUCUAGAGCGACUUUUGGGCACUACAAAGCAGAUUAUUUAGAAUAAGUUAUACCCUAUAUGGUAUGUGUAUUUUUGAUAUCAUAAAAUAAAACUAUUUCAGCUAAGAAACAUACCAAUCUGCAAUGUUAGUGCUUUUUUAGGAAUGGGAUUCGUUUUUGAGAACACCCUUUUAUGAUUGCAAGAAGGUUUAAUUUGAAGAUAAAUGGCAAUUUGUAAUUUUAUUCGUGCACUUUUGCCACACAGUGUUUUUUUGUUCAACUUCUUGCAUA